UAUAUAUAUAUACAUCUAUACACAUAUAUACAUAUAUAUAUAUAUGUCCAUAUAGAUAUCUUCGUGUCACAUUUCCCGCCUACAGAUUAAUUUUAUUUAGAAGAAAUAAUAAAAGAAAAAAAACGUGCUGUGAAAAAAAUUGUGCGUGAAUUUAAUGAUUAGCGUCUCGUUGGACGAGUAGACGACUGCUACGAAGACGACGACGACGACGACCACGACGACGACGCUUGUUAAAUACGGGCGUGUGUUUAUACCUUUUAAAACCGUGAGGGUGCGCUUGUGUGGAUGUGUUGUAAAAUCUUCACCGUUGCCAUUUUAACUAAAAACUGCUGAAAGAGAAGAAAAUAAUAAAUAAAAUAAAUUAAAAAAGAAGAAAUAAAUAAAAGUUGGGUGAUGUCGAGACUAAAUUGAUAGUUUGUAUUUCGUUCGAACGGUAUUUACUGAUUAAUAUAAAAAUUUUUAGGUAUAAAUAAUAAUAAAAUAAUAAUAUACCAUUUGGGGAACGGGCGCGGAACAUGUCGGAACAUCACCGCGUCGCCGCGGGAGCGGCUGGUGGCUGGGGUACGUCGAGCCCUGGGAAUCGUGAGGACAAUGGUGGUACUGGAAAUGCUGGUGGUGGAGCAAAUAAUUGGUGGCCAGGGAUAAAUGCCGAGCAGCAGCAACAAUUGCAACAACAGGCUGCCGCUGUGGUACAGCAACAGACAUUACACCAGCACUUGAUGAACCAGCAGGCUGCCGCUGCUGCUGCACAACAGUUGAAUCAGCAUCAUCAGGAUAUCGUAAGGAGCACCGCUGCUGGAACUCAGCACUUGUUUUCAUACAAAACAAUGGCUGCCAGUUUCCAAAAUCCAGCUACUGGCGGACAAUCAAACAGUACGGUAUCGACAACAUCAUCAAAUAGUGGUGGUGCUAGUGGUAAUCCUAAUAAUUCUAGUGGUGGUGCUAAUUGUAUGAGAGGAGGAUACGAUUAUCGUAUGACUGGACAAACUGGUGGUGCUGGUAGCAAUACAUCCGCUGGUGGUGCUAAUACUAAUAAUAGUAAUAAUCAAGGUAAUACUCCUACUGGUAAUACCAAUACACAAACAAAUCCACCAGCUGGUAGUGUACAAUGGUGGUAUUCCAGUGGUGCUGUUAUGGACGCUAAUAAUGUUCAUCAACAGAUGCAAGGACAGCAUAUAUCUUCAAAUCAAAUUCCCGCGCAUCAAAUACAGCAGCUGCCAGGUCAAAAUAAUUUACAACAAAAUAACGCGCAAAUAACUAAAAUGCCGCGUGGAAAAACGGAUUCUAAACCCAGGGGGCGAAUGACUGCCUACGCAUUUUUUGUUCAAACAUGCCGUCAGGAGCACAAGAAAAAACAUCCUGAAGAAACUAUUGUUUUCCAAGAGUUUUCGAAAAAAUGCGCCGAUAGGUGGAAGAUAAUGUCUGAUAAAGAAAAGAAACGUUUCCAAGAAAUGGCUGAGAAAGACAAAAAGAGAUACGACGCAGAAAUGCAAAACUACACACCACCCAAAGGUGAAAACAUUAAGGGAAGAGGAAAGAAACGCAAGCACCUGAAAGAUCCUAACGCACCUAAAAGAUCAUUGUCGGCAUUCUUUUGGUUCUGUCACGAUGAACGUGGAAAUGUAAAAAUGCGCAAUCCAGAGUACGGUGUCGGUGAUAUCGCUAAGGAAUUGGGUAAAAAGUGGUCUGACGCAGAUCCUGAAACCAAAUCUAAGUACGAAGCUAUGGCCGAGAAAGACAAAGCUCGAUACGAAAGGGAAAUGACUGCGUACAAAAAGAAAAUGAAGGAUGGUCCUGAUGUUAUGAUGGGGGCACCUGCAAAUGCGAUGAUUAAGCACGAGAGUGAGGAGGACAUGGAAGAGGAUGAUGCCGAGGAUGAUGAUGAAUAGCGUGUGGAUUGAUGAUUUAUUUGAAUAAUAAUGAAUAAGAAUAAUAAUUAAUUAACAAUUAACUUAAAGAAUAAUUAACGAAGAAAUAAUAAAAUCAAGUCUCUUUUUAAAUUAAAAAACAAACUUUAAAAUUUUUGUCAAGUUGAGAGAAUUGAGAGCAUCUUAUAUUAUUAUCCUAAUAAGUGAAGCACCUUUUAUUCCUAAAUUUAAUUUAUUUUUUACUUCAUAUUUUAAAAUGAAGAAAACGUGUACAUACCAAUUACCUGAGAGUACUUACGUAGGAACCUCAUCCUCUUCAAUGGUCCUCUCCGUUAAAUGUAAUAAUUAUUAUUAAUUUUAUUAUUGAAUUUAUAAAUAAUUAAUUUAUAUUUUAAUUGUUAAGGCUAUUUAUAAACAAUACAAAAUUACUUUUAUCUGGAGUUUCAUUAAAAAAGUAAUUUUUAACAAUUAAAAUUGAUUAAUUAUUUAUUUAUUACUUAUUAUUAUUAUUUUUUUUUGUCUCUACUUUUUCGUCACGAUAUGAUCUUCCUGCCCUGUUCUAAAUCUUAAAUUUAAUAUUGUUCUACUCGAAGAUUUAAAUUUAAUUGAUAAACGAACGAA